UAUUGCAGUAUACACACAGCAAUUGAUAUUUGGAGUAUCGGUUGCAUCUUUGCGGAAGUUCUAACGGGAAAACCACUUUUUCCUGGUAAAAAUGUUGUCCAUCAGUUGGAUCUGAUGACUGAUCUGCUUGGGACUCCCUCACUGGAUACUAUAUCCCGGGUUCGUAAUGAUAAGGCGAGGAGAUAUCUAACUAGCAUGAGGAAAAAGCAACCUGUACCAUUUUCACAAAAAUUUCCUAAUGCAGAUCCUUUAGCACUACGAUUACUGGAAAGAUUGCUUGCUUUUGAUCCAAAAGACCGGCCUACUGCUGAAGAGGCAUUGGCUGAUCCUUACUUUAAGGGAUUGGCAAAGGUUGAGAGGGAACCAUCCUGCCAGCCUAUCAGUAAAAUGGAGUUUGAGUUUGAAAGGCGAAGAGUUACAAAGGAGGAAAUACGAGAGCUAAUCUUCCGUGAGAUUUUAGAGUAUCAUCCACAACUAUUGAAAGACUACAUAAAUGGAACAGAGAGACCUAAUUUUCUUUAUCCAAGUGCUGUUGAUCACUUCAGGAAGCAGUUUGUUCAUCUUGAGGAAAAUAGUAAAAAUGGCCCCAUCAUGCCUCUUGAAAGAAAGCAUGUUUCUCUUCCAAGGUCGACAGUUGUGCAUUCAAAUAUGGUUCCACCAAAGGAGCAAUCAGAUAUCAAUUCUGGCAAAAGCAGGCAAACAUCUGAGGAAUAUAAUAAGAACUCCAGAGGUGCAGAAAUUUCUGUGACAAGGUCAAUUCAGGGGCAGCAAAGAGUUCCAAUAGCAAAACCCGGAAAAGUAGUCGGGCCGGUUGUUCCGUACGAGUAUGCAAGUGUUGUCAAGGACUCUUAUGAUCCUAGGACAUUUAUCAGAGGUUCCAUGCUUCCUUCUCAAGCUGUUCACCCUGCAUAUUACCACCAAAGAUCCAGCUCUGGAAAUCAAGAAAGGUCAGGCACAGCAGAAUCUGAUCAGGGCGUACCGGUGCAAGCCAAACAUGCGCAUUCUGAAGUUCGAGCCAAAAUAGUGCCGGAUAUAGCUAUUAAUAUUGAUACGAACCCUUUUUUUAUGACGCGAGCUGGAGUGAACAGCAUCGAACCGGACGAUCGAAUAGCUAUGGACUCAAACUUAAUGCCGACAAAGGCUCAAUAUGGUCGGAUCGGUGCUGCCACGACAGGGACUACGGCUCAUAGAAAGGUUGGUCCUGUUCAGUAUGGCAUGACUGGUAUGUUUUAGGCUUCAUCAAAUUGUAUGUUUUGGCCAAGAGGGAGAAAUGGCUGUAGAAGGAGGUGCUUAAUGUGGGAAGGCACUUGGGUCUCUUUGUAGGUUGUGUAAAAUAAGGGUGAGCGAGGCUGUGAGGCUGUCAUUCCCUUCAAAGAGCUAAGCUUUCUCUGGUCAGAUGCUUUAGACUUUGGUAAGAAACUGUAUAAUUGGAAUUAACUCCUUCUUACACGUAACCUCUUUCAUCUC